GCGGCUUGGGCAUGGAGGGCCGCAGGACCUGAGCCCUGCCCCGCGGGGAGCAGCCCAGUAGCCGGCGAUGGGGGCCGAGCGGGGCUGCCGCCUCGCCGGGCCGUGAGUGCCGCGCCUCCGCUGCCGCCUCUUCGCCGCCGCCUUGGCCCCUCUUGAAGCGCCGAGCCGCUCGGGAACAUGGCCCUGGAGCAGCUCUACUCGGUCCUCAAAGUGUUGUUAAUAACAAUACUUGUAGUGGAAGGGAUUGCUGUGGCCCAAAAGACCCCAGAUGGACAAAAUAUUGGAAUCAAGCACAUUCCUGCAACCCAGUGUGGCAUUUGGGUUCGAACCAGCAAUGGAGGUCAUUUCGCUUCACCAAAUUAUCCUGACUCAUAUCCACCAAACAAGGAAUGUAUCUACAUUUUGGAAGCUGCUCCACGUCAAAGAAUAGAGUUGACCUUUGAUGAACAUUAUUAUAUAGAACCAUCAUUUGAAUGUCGGUUUGAUCACUUGGAAGUUCGAGAUGGGCCAUUUGGUUUCUCUCCACUUAUAGAUCGUUACUGUGGUGUGAAAAGUCCCCCAUUGAUUAGAUCAACAGGUAGAUUCAUGUGGAUUAAGUUUAGUUCUGAUGAAGAACUCGAAGGACUGGGAUUUCGAGCAAAAUAUUCAUUUAUUCCAGAUCCAGAUUUUACUUACCUAGGAGAUUGCCAGUUCGAGCUGUCAGGAGCUGAUGGAAUAGUGCGUUCUAGUCAGGUAGAACAAGAAGAAAAAACGAAACCUGGUCAAGCAGUUGACUGCAUAUGGACGAUUAAAGCUACCCCAAAAGCUAAGAUUUAUUUGAGGUUCCUAGAUUAUCAGAUGGAGCACUCAAAUGAAUGCAAGAGAAACUUUGUUGCAGUCUAUGAUGGAAGCAGUUCUAUUGAAAAUCUGAAGGCCAAGUUCUGCAGCACUGUGGCCAACGAUGUAAUGCUUAAAACAGGAGUUGGGGUGAUACGGAUGUGGGCAGAUGAAGGUAGUCGGCUUAGCAGGUUCAGAAUGCUCUUUACUUCCUUUGUGGAGCCUCCCUGUACAGGCAGCACUUUCUUUUGCCAUAGCAACAUGUGCAUCAAUAACUCUUUAGUCUGUAAUGGCGUUCAGAACUGUGCGUACCCUUGGGAUGAAAAUCACUGCAAAGAAAAGAAAAAAGCAGGACUAUUUGAGCAAAUCACUAAAACUCACGGAACAAUUAUUGGCAUUACGUCAGGAAUUGUCUUGGUCCUUCUCAUUAUUUCUAUUUUAGUGCAAGUGAAGCAGCCUCGAAAAAAGGUCAUGGGUUGCAAAACUGCUUUUAAUAAAACUGGAUUCCAAGAAGUGUUUGAUCCUCCUCAUUAUGAACUGUUUUCACUGAGAGACAAAGAGAUCUCUGCAGACCUGGCCGACCUGUCGGAGGAGCUGGACAACUACCAGAAGACGCGGCGCUCCUCCACUGCCUCCCGGUGCAUCCACGACCACCACUGCGGGUCGCAGGCCCCCAGCGUCAAACAGAGCAGGACCAACCUCAGUUCCAUGGAACUUCCCUUCCGAAAUGAUUUUGCACAACCACAGCCAAUGAAAACAUUUAAUAGCACCUUCAAAAAGAGUAGCUACACUUUCAAACAGGCGCACGAGUGCCCUGAACAGGCCCUAGAAGACAGAGUAAUGGAGGAGAUCCCCUGUGAGAUUUAUGUCAGGGGGCGAGAAGACUCUGCACAAGCAUCCAUAUCCAUCGAUUUCUAAUCUUCUACUGAAGGUGACCCUGAUUAUUAAGUGUGUACGGGCGCAGCCCUCAGAGCACCAUGCUGCUCUCAGCAGCCAGCCCUCUUCUCCUGUCAAAACUGGAAAGACCUUCAUUUCCCAUUAACCUAUUGUAAUGGUGAAGUUUUUAUUAUCUCAGGCAGUCUAUAUAUGUUAACCCAACCGAGGAACUUAACUCCAUUCAGUUAAAAAAAAAAAAAAGCAUCUAUUGUUCAGUGUCACACACACAAAGGCCCAGUCGCACAGCAUGAGGAGGAGGCGCAGCGGCGCCGCCCAGGCUCUAGCUGCCCGCGGGCCUCAGCAAAGGAAGGCGCUCCUGGCGGACACAGCUCUGUCAGUGUUUUGGUCCCAUGAUAAGUUUAAAAGCAAGAUUUUUCUUCGCAUUCCUUUUAUUUUCUUCCCUCUAAAUUUAAAUUGUUUUAGAAACCAGUAAGUUUACCAUUGCAGUUUCUUACAUAAGUAUUAAACAGUUAACGUAUCACACAUAUUUCGAUAUAGGCAUUGUUCUGGGAUUUGUCAAAAUGUUACUAGUUACUGUGGUAAGUGCCAGGUAAGACCCAGAGUUGUGUUUCAUCCACCUGUUUCUUCUUGACUAGUUUCUAUACUGCUGUCUUUUAAUUACUGGAUCCUUUGUCCUUAUUUUCUGUGAUAUGAUUUAGCACCUUUAAGUAAUAUUUUGUCUUAGUAUAUUAUACUAGAAAGUUUCAUAAUCCUGGGAUGUAGGCCCCAUUGCCAGUUAUGACUAAAAUUUGAAAAAGAUUAAAACUUUUAGAAAUUCUUUGAAAUUUCCCAAAUUUCAUCACAUUCAGCAGUAGCCCAUUUCAUUCCUGUGAGCAAAAAGUCAUUUAACUCAUUUGGGAGGAAGCCUAUAAUCACAUUUUCUUUCCAGUGUUUCUCAUCAUUAGAUCUGUGUUUCCUAUUAUUUUUAUAAAAAGAUCCUUUCACUCCCUUUGUAUUGGUUUAUCUCAUGGUGUAUGGUAAGCAAGGUUAUAUGGGAGCUAAAGGAAAAUGCCUAAGAAACUGUAUAAGCCUUUAGAUUGCUUCUUACUUGGGACAAUACAUUUUUCUAAUUCUUAUGAGGAAUAACAAUUUUCACUUUUUUUUAAACUGCACUUUUGACCUUAUGUUUUUUUUAUGGUAUAUAAACAAUAAUUUAUAAACAUGAUAUAAAAACUCAUUGUUUUUUUAGACUUUUGAUAUUAUUUGAUACUGUACAAAACUUUAUUAAAUCAAGAUUAAAGACCUACACGGCAGAUUCCUCAGUGUUCACGUUAGCAGCUUUGUAUACAAAUAUGCUGUGAUGGAACUGUGUGCUCUAAUUUAUUGUGAAGACCUUGGUAAUGUGUACAUAAGCUUCUGUUUCCUUUUGUUAUUGCACUUAGUUUAUGAUAAGUUUUUCUCUGUGAUAUUUAUUGUUCUAAAUCACUACACAAAUCUGAUAUUAAAAUACACACUGUUACAUGAUUCUUCAAUCAUGUUAUUUAUGGCACUGAGAUUUUGGAUCUUUAGAUAUAUAUGGAAGGGAAUCUAUCAAUUUACAACAAAUACAAACAUGCCAUUUAAAAGAGAUAAAUUCUCGUUUUCUAUAUUUUUUGUAGUUCCCAAUGAAAUGUGAAAUAGAAGUUUCACUGAAUUUUGUUAAUUCUUUUAAAUAUCACAUCUAUAUGUUUCUCAGAUUAAUGAAAACUGUGACCUUAAGUAUACUACUUCUUCAGAAAUGUUUCUUAUAUCACACUUCUUUUAAAGUAUAUAAUAUCCAGGAGAUAGGAAAACCUACACAUAAUAUAGUCAUGAUUUAAGUUUUUUUUACAGCAUAAUUUCCUGUUUCAAAAACACAACUUGGGAAGGUAAAAAGACUUAAUGAAUGUAGUAUUCAAUGAACUAAUGAACCAGAGCCAGAUUAGACAGCUAAAUUCUUUCAAUAGCUGUUAUUUAAAUAGGCAUUUUAGUAGGUAACGUGCCAGCCAGCGUUUGAACAUAGUAAAUCCUUAAUGUAGUAAUAAUUGUGAUCUCAUUCUUCAUGAUAAUGAAAGGAAAAUUACCAUAUCUUCUAUGUAAAAUCAUAUCUGUUAUAAAGACAACUGUUAAAUCCAUCUCUAACAUCUAGAUUAUAGUAGAAAAUAAUACAAUAUGCUUAACUGGCCACUUGUUUUUAUUUUUAUUUUUGAAAUUUGUAUCCUACUUUCUUUUAAAAGGGCGUGAAGAGGCCUACAAAAUGUAAAGCCUUUAAAGAAGACAUUUAACAUUAAAACAGCACAGAAGUACAUGGUUUCAGGCAACUGAGCAAGUUGGACAACAAAUUUGGUUCUAAAUUUUCUUGCUGCUAAAACAAAUGGUUUUGUAUUUCAAAACAGAAAAUUCAAAAACUUGUCACAAGAGGCUGGUUUUUUCUUAAACUAAAGAGAGGAUUACAUUGGACAUCUCCGUGAAUGUAAAGAAAAUGCAAAAUACAAAGGAAGGUCAUAAUAAUAAAUCUUAACCCAAUGAAGGUACAUCUUAGUGUGAUGUUAGAACACUGGUUUCUGAUCAGUUUAUCUGCCGGGGUAGAGCUAAAGAUCCAGGUGAUCGACAGCUAAGCCAGCCUGGGACUGCCGCAUAGGAUAUGCCUUCGCUGAACCCUUGAUGGGUGUCAGAUCUCCUUUAUCUCUUAAUUGAACGUUUGGCAGUGUGCUAUAGGAGAAGAGAAUGAAACAACAAACUUCAGGCAUUGUUACCAGCAUAAUGCUAAUUGUAUAUAUUCUCUCAUCUUUGAGGUCAGUGUGAAAACUUUGCAAAUUGUUUACUAAUGUGAAAGCCAUAAAUUUAGUAAUUUAAGAUAAAAUUUAGCCAUCUUGUGGAAAUUAUUUCACCCUUCACAGAGAGUAUAGUACCCAGUGUUAAACACAGAGCGAAAAAAGGUAGAUCUAGAGGAAGAUCUUCAAUUCAGGAGCAGCAUUAAGUCCACCUGUGCAGGACUGUCAUCAUCACUGUCCCUCUGUGACAUCCCUGAUGCCAAAAUUAACACAAGAUGUCAACCCCCAGGUGCCGUCACAUGGCAGGAAACCUCUAAUCCCAACAUCAAAAGCACUAUUAUGAGUGAAGUGCUAUGUACCUUUUGUGAAGGGAAACACUCACUCCAAAGGUUUAACAAAAAGCAAAGGAUUUUCCCACAUUUCAAACCACAAAGAGAUCAAAAACAUUCCUUUGACUUAACAGCUUUUGUCAGUGUCUUUGUCAUGUUUCAGAUGAUGAUUAGGCAUUAAAAGAACCUCCUAAAUGUCUUCUGAACGUCUUUAUAGCUCUGCUGUUGUCUGAUGAGGAUACCUCCUUGUUUCAGGAGCGCCUCAGCUGAUGAGGCAGGACAGGAAAAGCCUAGUUGUGAUUACAGGAGUAGUUUCCAGCCAGAGAAGAGUAUGCUCUCUUGCGAAAUGGAGUCUGCUAUGUUGUUCAUAAUAAGAAGGAACCUUGGGAUUUGGGGGGGGGGGGGUUAAGAUUCAAGAAAGAUGAUCUGGUCCAGUUUUAUUAAUGACAAGACUGAAGCCCAGAGAGGAGAAGUGAGCGCCCACGUCUCAGAGCUAGUCCAGCGCCCCUUCCUUGCUUCCUGCUGUCUCCCGCUUUAGCCAGCUACGUGUUUGGAAAGCUGUCUUCUAAACAGCAACCCAGAUGUUUCACGAAAGCUUAUUAAUCACUCUCAUUUAAAAUGUAAUUUAUUCUAUAAUAAUUCUUUUUCAAAGCAUUAUAUUUUACUUUGUUAUUCUACAAUUUUGUUGCCAUAAUUUCUUGGCACCUGCAAACUCUGUGAGACAAUUACUGUGAAUUCUUAAUAAACCAUGUUUGUUAACAAUUUGUAGCCUUGACACUA